AUGGUUGAGAGUGUGGUGGUUGAGAGUGUGGUGGUUGAGAGUGUGGUGGUUGAGACUGCGGUGGUUGAGAGUGUGGUGGUUGUGGUGGUUGAGAGAGUGGUGGUUGUGGUGGUUGAGAGUGUGGUGGUUGUGGUGGUUGAGCGUGUGGUGGUUGAGAGUGCGGUGGUUGAGAGUGUGGUGGUUGAGAGUGUGGUGAGUGCGGUGGUUGUGGUGGUUGGGAGUGUGGUGGUUGAGAGUGUGGUGGUUGUGGUGGUUGAGAGUGUGGUGGUUGAGAGUGCGGUGGUUGAGAGUGCGGUGGUUGAGAGUGCGGUGGUUGAGAGUGCGGUGGUUGAGAGUGUGGUGGUUGUGGUGGUUGAGAGUGUGGUGGUUGUGGUGGUUGAGAGUGCGGUGGUUGUGGUGGUUGGGAGUGUGGUGAGUGCGGUGGUUGAGAGUGCGGUGGUUGAGAGUGCGGUGGUUGAGAGUGCGGUGGUUGAGAGUGUGGUGGUUGUGGUGGUUGAGAGUGUGGUGGUUGUGGUGGUUGAGAGUGUGGUGGUUGAGAGUGCGGUGGUUGAGAGUGCGGUGGUUGAGAGUGCGGUGGUUGAGAGUGUGGUGGUUGAGAGUGUGGUGGUUGUGGUGGUUGAGAGUGUGGUGGUUGAGAGUGUGGUGGUUGAGAGUGUGGUGGUUGAGAGUGCGGUGGUUGUGGUGGUUGAGAGUGUGGUGGUUGAGAGUGCGGUGGUUGAGAGUGCGGUCGUUGUGGUGGUUGAGAGUGCGGUGGUUGUGGUGGUUGAGAGUGCGGUGGUUGAGAGUGCGGUCGUUGUGGUGGUUGAGAGUGCGGUGGUUGGGAGUGUGGUGGUUGAGAGUGUGGUGGUUGUGGUGGUUGAGAGUGUGGUGGUUGAGAGUGCGGUGGUUGAGAGUGCGGUGGUUGAGAGUGCGGUGGUUGAGAGUGCGGUGGUUGAGAGUGUGGUGGUUGUGGUGGUUGAGAGUGUGGUGGUUGUGGUGGUUGAGAGUGUGGUGGUUGAGAGUGCGGUGGUUGAGAGUGCGGUGGUUGAGAGUGCGGUGGUUGAGAGUGUGGUGGUUGAGAGUGUGGUGGUUGAGAGUGUGGUGGUUGUGGUGGUUGAGAGUGUGGUGGUUGAGAGUGUGGUGGUUGAGAGUGUGGUGGUUGAGAGUGUGGUGGUUGAGAGUGUGGUGGUUGUGGUGGUUGAGAGUGUGGUGGUUGAGACUGCGGUGGUUGAGAGUGUGGUGGUUGUGGUGGUUGAGAGUGUGGUGGUUGAGAGUGUGGUGAGUGUGGUGGUUGUGGUGGUUGAGAGUGCGGUGGUUGAGAGUGUGGUGGUUGUGGUGGUUGAGAGUGCGGUGGUUGAGAGUGUGGUGGUUGAGAGUGUGGUGGUUGAGAGUGUGGUGGUUGAGAGUGUGGUGGUUGAGAGUGUGGUGGUUGAGAGUGUGGUGGUUGAGAGUGCGGUGGUUGAGAGUGUGGUGGUUGAGAGUGCGGUGGUUGAGAGUGUGGUGGUUGAGAGUGUGGUGGUUGAGAGUGCGGUGGUUGAGAGUGCGGUGGUUGAGAGUGCGGUGGUUGAGAGUGCGGUGGUUGAGAGUGUUGUGGUGGUUGAGAGUGUGGUGGUUGUGGUGGUGAGUGUGGUGGUUGAGAGUGCGGUGGUUGAGAGUGCGGUGGUUGUGGUGGUUGAGAGUGCGGUGGUUGUGGUGGUUGGGAGUGUGGUGGUUGAGAGUGUGGUGGUUGUGGUGGUUGAGAGUGUGGUGGUUGAGAGUGCGGUGGUUGAGAGUGCGGUGGUUGAGAGUGCGGUGGUUGAGAGUGCGGUGGUUGAGAGUGUGGUGGUUGUGGUGGUUGAGAGUGUGGUGGUUGUGGUGGUUGAGAGUGCGGUGGUUGAGAGUGCGGUGGUUGAGAGUGCGGUGGUUGUGGUGGUUGAGAGUGUGGUGGUUGAGAGUGCGGUGGUUGUGGUGGUUGAGAGUGCGGUGGUUGUGGUGGUUGGGAGUGUGGUGAGUGUGGUGGUUGAGAGUGCGGUGGUUGAGAGUGCGGUGGUUGAGAGAGUGGUGGUUGAGAGUGUGGUGGUUGAGAGUGUGGUGGUUGAGAGUGUGGUGGUUGUGGUGGUUGAGAGUGUGGUGGUUGAGAGUGCGGUGGUUGAGAGUCUGGUGGUUGUGGUGGUUGAGAGUGUGGUGGUUGAGAGUGUGGUGGUUGAGAGUGUGGUGGUUGAGAGUGUGGUGGUUGUGGUGGUUGAGAGUGCGGUGGUUGUGGUGGUUGAGGUGGUUGAGAGUGUUACAGGUUGA